CCUGUAUCCUGGGCAUCAGAUGGCGUAGCCUAGAAUUUGAGUGCACGAGGGUAUCGGAGGUCAGGCAAUGGCCAAGAAUAAAGUAAGAGGACCGAAGUCUAGGAAUGUAUUUCACAUAGCCAGUCAGAAAAAUUUUAAGGCUAAAAACAAAGCAAAACCAGUGAUGACUAAUCUGAAGAAGAUAAACAUUGUUAAUGAUGAAAAAGUUCACAGAGUGAAUAAAGCUUUUGUAGAUAUACAAAAGGAACUUCUACAUUUCUCAAAAGGCCUUUCUCUUGAACCUCUGCAAAAACAGCUGACUCCUCCUCAGCAGUGUCAUGAAAAUGAACCAGUUAAUGUUGACGAAGCUACAAGAUUAAUGGCUCAGUUGUAAUAUACUGGUAAUGCAUUAAAUUUAAAAAAAAGAAAAAAAAAUAUAGAGUUUU